AUGCCAGCACUCUCUCGCUGGAAGCACUAUCGAUGGACGCAUGGCAAACACACGCCUGCCAUUUUUGUGGAAGUCCCCUUCGCCUAUUCCAAACGAAAGAUGGCAGGAUACAAAGUGGCAGUGGUAGUGGUCGUCUGGGGCCUCGGGUACGACGGGACCUGCUGGGCGUACACCCGAGGAUACGGAGGGGAACCGUGGAAGAGCUUGUGGAGCAAGGACGUCGGACCCAUGACGGACGCCCGCUGCUUCUACGUCUACGAGAACCAGCGCUGGAAUCCCCUGACCGGCUACAGCGCGCGAGGCCUCCCGACGGACCGGCCUCCGUGGUCCGACGUCACCGGGACCGCGGCCCUCUCCAAGGACUCCGUCAAGAUCCCUUCCUCCAAGUGGCAAUGGGUGUCGGACUGGAGGGUCGAUUACCACACCCCCGGAGGAGUCGACAAGGAGGGCUGGCAGUACGCCCUGGACUUCCCGGCGUCCUACCACGCCGAGAAGGGCCUGACGGACUACGUGCGCCGGAGACGGUGGUACCGCAAGUGCUCCCUUCGGACGUCGGGUCCGUGGAUGCAGUUGGCCGCCACGAAGCUUCUGGAUGUUUCCUUCCAGGUGGAUCACAGCGGGGACGAAGCAGAACCCGUGGCCACGUGGGCAGUCGCCGCUAACGGAGACGUGCUCUUUCGCAAGGGUGUCACCUACUCGUGUCCCCAGGGAACGGAGUGGGAGCACGUGCCCUGUGAUUCUCCCAUCGUGAGCAUCAGCGUCGGAGGGAAAGGACGGGUGUGGGCCGUCGGGAAGGACGGAUCCAGCUUCCUCAGGAAUGGAGUCACUUCCUCCACCCCCAUGGGGAAGCUGUGGUUCAGGCAAGAGGCACCGAGCAAUUCCCCUCUGAUGCAGAUCAGUGCCGGAGGACGUGCCGUUUGGGCCGUCGACCGUUGGAAUAACGUUUUCGUCCGGAAAGACGUGGCAGAAUUGAUGCCCGAGGGCACCUGUUGGCAACUCCUCAACGAGGGAGCUCUCCUUCGUAACGUAUCUGCCGGACCUCGCGACCAGCAUGCUGGGAGGGAUCUAUACGGGCAUCGUCUGCAUGCGGAGACGGCAUCCUCAGGGUCUUCAUCUCCCUGGCACCUGGCAUCUUGGAAUGGGGGGCGGGUGGCAACACGUCUGCAUUCGAGCCCUCCAACUCCAGUGAUGAUCAUGAAUGGAUUCGUGACAGCUGCAAAUCCAUUGGAAAGUGGGCUGCUUAUUUGAGUCACGUCAAAAUGGUAUCCAGGAAAAGAAAUUAAUUGGCUGGUCUGGAAAACCAGAGAAUCUAUUUAAUUCCCUGACAUAUGAGCGCGAUAACCUUCUCAACCAUUGUCUGGCAUGGGGAUAAUCUGUUUUUGGACAUGCUUCUAAUUUGAGCAUUUCCAGCAGUCCAGCAGCAAGCAGCCGCUUGUCAGUUAUUGAUUCUGCAGAAUCUAUUUUUUCGAGCUUUGCUAAAAAUGGCUUACCAUGAAAAGGUAGAAUAUUAGACCAUUCUCCACCAGGGAAUGGGUUAAGGGAAGAUCAAGAGUAUUCUCAUUUCCUAAGAAAACUAGUUCAAUCAUGUGAUCAUAUUAGCAGGCCAUGCUCACAUUAUUUUUUUGUUUUUAUGAUUUAUAUGAAUUUCCUGGUUUUAUUUCUUGUAUUGAAGCAAGUUCUCUUUUAUUUUCAAACGUAUCCUUUUGCUGUAAUAUACUUUUGUACAGGAAAAGUGCAUAUUUUGAUGUUUGCAGUGCUCUACUGCCCUCCAAUUAGUUGCUAAGGAGCUAGUACAUAGGCCUUUUUUUUUCUUAGCUUGCUUUGAGAGCUUCUUCAUCAACCCAUUUGUUAUGCACAUGGUCCCUUUGGGUUCUCCAUUGAUAAUCUGAUUAGAAUUCUCCUAAUGUUUGCUGCCUGUUAGCACUCUUGACCUUAUCUCACUUUAAAUCUAUCACUUGCUGCUUUUUGUCAGUUGGCAACAGCAUGAAGUUGUUUAUUGCAUGAUUGUCUUACUUUUU